GGAGCGGUGGUGUACUUGGUGUGGCGAGCCACGCUUCCUGUGUGCGUACUGCCAGUAGGUCCACCAGCUCCUGGCCUUGAAGACGGACCGAUCCUUACACGAUGGCUGUGAAUCUGAGCAAGAACGGCGCCGCCCUUACGGCGGCGUACAAGGAGGUGGUGGGCGAGAAAUCCGAGACCAACUGGGCCUUGUUUACCUAUGAGGGAAACACCAGUGACAUCCGCCUGGCAUCUAAAGGGGAUGGGGGGUUGGAGGAGCUGGUGGAGGAGCUGAACAGUGGGAAGGUGAUGUAUGCCUUCUGCCGGGUCCAAGAUCCCAACUCCGGCCUCCCCAAAUAUGUCCUCAUCAACUGGACCGGCGAGGGUGUGAAUGAUUCUAGGAAAGGACUGUGUGCCAACCACGUUAGCUCCAUUGCGAACUUCCUGAAGGGAGCGCAUGUGACCAUAAAUGCCCGUGCAGAAGAGGACGUGGAGCCCGAGGCUAUCAUGCAGAAAGUGGCCAAGGCAUCAGGAGCCAACUACAGUUUCCACAAAGAGUCCAACCGCUUCCGGGACACGGGGCCACAGGGGCCUGUGGGGUCGGUGUAUCAGAAGACCAACGCCAUGUCGGAGAUCAAAAGGACCAAUAAGGACAACUUCUGGGCACAGGCAGAGAAAGACGAGGAGAAACGGCGUCAGGAGGAGAAGAUGAGGGCGGAGGAGGAGCGCUUGCGGCUGGAGACGGAGAGGAAGGAGCGGGAGGCGGAGGAGGCAGCACAGCGAGAGAGAAAGGCCACGGAGAGAGCGUCGCAGAUUGACCAGCAGAGGAGGUACCAGCAGCAGCUUGAGACAGAGACUCAGAACCAGAAGAAACAACAGCUGAAGGAGGCGCGAGAAGCACCGUCCAAAGGAUACAGGCGUGCUAUGUCAGUGGAGAAAGCAAACGAGGCUGCUGCUCUGAUCUCCCAGCGUUCUGUGAACCCCAGAGAAAUGUUCCAACAGAGGGAGCGAGGCGUGGCACCCAGCAGUGCAGACCCCACCCCAUCCAGCCCACAGCCAGGGCGCUUGAAAAGCCCUUUUCUGUCUAAGCAGCCUUGUGAGCCAGAGCCACCUCACGCCCCUUUGUGCCCAGUCUCACCUGUACGAGUUGCAGAGCUAAAGCCUGAGGAGAAUCCCAUAUCUGAGUAUGAGGAACCUGAGCCAGCAGAUGACGCAGAGUAUGAAGAUGUGAUGCCAGUCAGUGAACAGUAUAACUCCCACGCGACGGAGAAGCAGCCGCCGGCACAGUGUGAGCCCACAACAGAGCCAGAAAACAUUUACGAGGAGCCGCCGCAGGCGGAGGAACUGAAGGUGUACGAGGAAACAGGUGACCGUGGCAUCUGUGCCCGAGCACUGUAUGACUAUCAGGCUGCUGAUGAUACAGAGAUCUCUUUUGAUCCAGAUGAUCUCAUCAAUGGCAUUGAAAUGAUUGAUGAAGGCUGGUGGCGAGGCUAUGGUCCUGAUGGCCAUUUUGGAAUGUUCCCGGCCAAUUAUGUUGAGCUGAUCUAACCUGCCUGUCAGUGGGUCGCCCAAUCACAUCUGGGCAACAUCAACCUGCCUCACCCACAUUUGACAGUUUUCUCGUCGUGAGAGGGAUGGGUCCAUUAUAUUUGAUUGGAUAGACUGAAGCAAAAAUCAUGCACCAAUGAAAAAAGAUAUCCCAUGAAACCAUGAAGAUAUUCUAUCAGUUAAUGUACUUCUGUUUUUUAUUACAUUUCAAGAUUCUAUCAAACCACGUCUAAAAAAAUGUAGCUUCUGAGUGCAGUGGCCAACACCCAAAUGAGGCCCCGAGAAUGUGUUUGUGUGUGUGUGAGUGAGAGACAGAGAGAGAGAGAGGCAGUAAACUCUUUGUUUCAAGUUUUUUUUUUCACAUUUACCUUGAAUUUUCCGUGGAUCAAAUUAACACCCGUCUUGUUUUUCCGUAAUAUUUUACGCCUUUAUUUUCCCAAGUUUACUUGCAUUUCUGGAACCAUUCCUGUUUGAGCAGUUCAGAUUUUCAGGAGUUAGUGACACACUGUACCUUUAAGGUGAACUACGCUGUGGACCAGAGAGGUUUGGUGCUGCCGUCGACCUGCGCACCAGAACCGGCGUGGUUCCAGCUCACCUUGUUUUACCUUUUCUGCCUCUCCCGGGUUCUGAGCAGAAGCGCACGCUGAGGGAUCAAUAAGCAGUAAUCGAUACGACUGCGUUUCUUAACAUUCCGGAGGCAUGACCAUCAUACACUUCUCAAGGGCCUCAAUACCAUAGCCUUCCUGCCUGCUCGCUCAGAAAUAUGGAGAGAGGUUGUUCUGUUUGUUUGUUUUGUCUAAGUUUCAGGGAACUAUAAUUAUUUUCUUGCCUUAGAGUUUGGGCUGCCCUUUGCAAUGCCUGUUUCUACAGUGUGAUGCAAACGUCUGCUUAAUUUACGCCGGCAUAACGUCACCAUUUAAGAACACACACUGUAAUUGCUUUCGGGGCAGUGCCAACAGAAUGGUGAGGGAGCGAAUGGAAUACGUUUUUUGGAGAAAUCUUUAAUAUUAACCUGCGUGGAUGCGCUGCCUGCAGGAGAUUGGUUCAUAUAAGCAGAUCAUUGUGAAUAGCUAAUCUGUGUGCAAAAUUGUUACUUUAACUAGAAAGGUGAAAUAAAGGAACCUAAAAUGCU